ACUCAGGAGGCGGAAAAUGGCGCCGACAUGAGCGCGAGCCUGCGGCCGCCUUGAAACUCCCUGUAACCUCAAUCGGAGCCACCGGAGCCGCAGAAACAAAAGACCGAGCCGGGCCGAGGAUGGAGGGGGACCCCUCGGGGCCCGGCCCCGACAUACCGACCACCGCAGAGUCCAGCUCCACUGAGACCCACACGGAGGUGCUGCCCCCGGUUGAGGCUGCUGCGGCCGCGUCCUAUGCCAUGGGGGAGGAGCCAGGCCCGGACCGGGCACCCACGCCCCCAGUGUGGGACCUUGGGGGGCCUGGCGCGACGCAACAGGAUGCCUCCCCGGCGCCAGACAACGGUCAGCCUGGCCCGGGCGCCAGCUUUGGCCCGGCCGGCACGGUCUCCGGGACCAGUGAGGACCUGCGGCCUCCCAGACGACGCCCACCACCAGGGAAGCAAAUACCCUGCUCCAGCCCUGGCUGCUGCCUCAGUUUCCCCAGCGUUCGCGACCUGGCACAGCAUCUUCGCACCCACUGCCCACCCACACAGUCUCUGGAAGGCAAGCUCUUCCGCUGUUCGGCCCUGAGCUGCGCCGAGGUCUUCCCCAGCAUGCAGGAGCUGGUGGCGCACAGCCGGCUGCACUACAAGCCCAACCGCUACUUCAAGUGCGAGAACUGCCUCCUGCGCUUCCGCACGCACCGCUCGCUCUUCAAGCACCUGCACGUGUGCGCGGAGCACGCCCAGAGCCCGGCCCCGCCGCCGCCCCCGGCCCUCGACAGGGAGCCGCCCGCGCCCGAGCGCCCCGCGGAGCCCGACCCCGCGUCGGCGCCGGGCCUGCCGUUCCCGCUGCUCGAGCCCUUCACGACCCCCGCGCCCGCCCCCGCCGGGCCUUUUCUGCCCUACUUGAGCCCCGCGCCCUUUGGCCUCAGCCCCCCGCGCCUGCGCCCCUUCUUGGCCGCGGCGCCCGGGCCGCCCGCCUCCAGCGCGGCCAUCUGGAAGAAGAGCCAAGGUGCUGGCGGCAGCCCCCGAAGACCCCAGGGCGGCUCCGACGCGCCCUCAGGGCACGCGGCCCCGAGCCGCAUCGUGUGGGAGCACACGCGGGGCCGCUACUCUUGCAUGCAGUGCGCCUUCUCCACGGCCUCGCGGUCCGCCAUGACCCUGCACCUGGAGGACCACCGCCCCGGCGCUCGCGCCCCCGUGGCCUCGGCGCCCGGGCAGCUGUGCCCCGACGCCCCGGCGGACCCCGCCCUUCUUGCACCCAAGGUGUCACCGCUGCUGUCAGAGAGGGAGUAUCCGGUUUUUUCGCCGCGCUGAACCCCUCCGCUUUGGGGGUGGGCUUGGGGGAGUUUUGUAAUUUUAGGGAGCCUGAGAUGGAGGGGCUGAGGGGACAAUAAAGGAGGCGCAGUGAGCCAGCCU